UUUGUAUAUAGACAAGACACUCGGGUUAAGGUUUCAUUUCUGUCUUGUUUAUUUUUGUUCAAGAUCAGCAUCUCCCUCGUAACCACCAAGUCUGGCCCCAUCACCAUGAGACUUGCAUGCAUACAUGUCGUUUUCCUUGUCCUUGUGAACACCAAGAUUGCAGAGGCAGAACUGCAAACUCCUUUGCCGAUCAACGGCGUAGACCCACGUCUUACCGUCCGCACAAUCACUGGAAUCUUUACUGGUCUUCAAAACCCAACAUAUGACAACGUGCGCGAGUUUCGCUCCAUCCCAUAUGCGCUGCCACCCCUCGGUGAGCGCCGGUGGCUGCCCCCAUCCCCGCUCCCGGCAUCACGCACCCGCCAUAGCUACAGCUGGCGCUUCCCGCCACCAUGCCCGCAGUAUGAGUCGCGGAACCCUACGGUAUGGAACUCCAACAUCACUGACUUCAACAUUCGACUCGGCGUCGGACAGAGCCACAAGGCAGGCGCUAGCGCGCAGAGUAGCUCGGAGGACUGUUUGCAUCUUGCCGUAUGGGCCCCGAUAGAUAUUGGCGGCAGCGAUAGGACGGCGAGAGAAGGCAGAAGAGGACUACCGGUGGUUGUUUUUGUUCCAGGCGGCAGCUUCCAGAUCGGCGGCGUCGACAUUCCAUACCAAAACCCGGCGCAAUGGGUGUCACGCUCUCAGGCGCAUGUUGGUGUCGUCAUCCCUUACCGGCUCAACAUCUUUGGCUUCCCCAACGCAGCCGGUCUGGAGCCUGCCGCAUCAUUCUCGUCAUCAUCGCCCCCAUAUUCAACAGAGGGCAGUAAGAACCUAGGUCUCCUGGAUGUUCGUAUGGGUCUUGAGUGGGUAUACGCCAACAUAGGUGCAUUCGGUGGAGAUAGGGAUAGAAUCCUCCUCUGGGGCCAGAGCGCGGGCGGAGUCCUAGUUGAUUCACUCAACUACGCAUACCACGAUGAUGUGUUGGCGUCGGCGCUGUUUCUGCAGAGCGGCGCGGCCGUUGCAAACGGGGCCCCAGAAGAUGUGAAUGGAAGCAACUUUACAUUUGUAGCGAAAGGAUUGGGCUGUGAUUUCCCGGGAGAGCCCGCGGCGGAGCUUGAGUGUAUGAGGCAGGUUCCUGCUACUUUGAUCACCAAUUUCAUUGGCCGCUACCAGGAUAAUCGCACUGAGCCGUCGAUUCUCUUCCGCCUGCGGCCAGACAACGUAACCAUAUUUGACAACUACACACAGCGCACAGAGCAGGGGCUCGUAUCCAAGGUCCCCGCCAUAAUCUCGCUCACGGCAAACGAGCAGUCUUCACUGAUUAAAUAUCCGCGUGACAACGUAUCAGCAGGCCCGAAUCAGACAGAAGUGGAUCGACUGACGGUAGAAUUUGUUUGCCUGGUCAGCAACGCCACUGACGCGCGAGUAACAGCAGGUCUCGAUACGUACCGGUAUCAGUUUGCGGGCAACUACAGCAACCUCGCCGUGCUCCCCUGGAUGGGUGCAUUUCACGGGAUCGACGUUGCCUUUGCCAUGGGUACGUACGGACGGAGGUUUGAUCAAGAGAAGACGGGGCCGGAUAGUAUGGAGGAACAGAUGAGGGUCAGCGAGGCACUCCAGGAUCACCUGCUUGCUUUUGCUGAUGAUCCACAAGGAGGGCUAAGACGGUUGGGUUGGUGGCCGCAGACAAGGCGGGUGUGGGAUGAGGAGGGUGCCAUGAUGUUGAGGUUUGGGAGUCAGGAUUUGGGGCGAGUAGUAGCCAAUGUCAGCACGAGAGAGAUGGAUGAUGCUUGUUUGAGGGGGACACCUUAUAACCACAAGCCGUAGGUGCAUAGUGUGUCUUGGUCCAAGGGAUUUAGGAGCAUCUAAGGUAGGUAGGUAGGUACCUGGUUUGGUAGGUAAUUAGGUUGGGUGGUAGUGUUGGGUAGGUUGAUCAUUUAUUUGACUAUAGAUAAGAGUCAGUAUGAAGAUUGCCUGCAAACCCAUGUCUUAUAUGUAAAUUACUUCGUAUGUCCAGAUGAAGGUAUCUAGGAGUAGGUGCC